UAUUAUUUAUAAUUUUAAAUUAUAAAACGUUGAGGUGUACGGCAAGCCUUGCUGGUUUGCCACCCAAUUUACAAGUCUCCCUUUUGGAUUCUUAAUGGGGAGGGGGGGGGGAUUUUUCUUACUAAAAUGCACUAUUGAUAAAAAGGAAGGAGCAAAGAGGUUGAGAGCAUCACCAGCUUCCAGGACAACACCCCAAAGGUGUAUAAAUACUGCAGAAAAAGAAGUCCAACAAGAAAAGAAGAGCAAGAAUUCAAUGGCAACAACUUGUUUGGCAAAAAGAUUUGAAGAAAGCAGUUGUAAUGAGAAUAUAUCACCAGCUUCUAAGACAACACCCCAAACAUGUAAUUCUGAAGAAACAGCAAUCCAACAAAAAAAGAAGAGCAAGAAUUCAAUGGCAGCAACUUGUCUGGCAAAAAGAUUUGAAGAAAGCAGUUGUAAUGAGAAGAUGAAUGGUGAUGCUAUCCUACAAGAACAUUCUUACUUUAUUGGUGCAACAACAAGAUGCAAAAAGUCAGAAAUAAAGUCCACUUCCACUUCAAGUGAAAUUCUGGAAACUCUAAGUACAGCCAAAGAUGGAAGCAUCCAUUUUACAACUAUAGAACAACAACAAUUUUUGUACAGUUUGCAGUUUGGAUGUCAAGAAUUUGUUAAAGCCUGUAUGGGAAAUGCUAAGUUUAAAAAUAUUGCUAUACAUCAAGUGGUUAAAGAAGAAAGAGAACAGAUUAAUGGCAUGAACAAUACUAAGCAUGGGUUUGUGUCUACUUUGAUAAAAAGAAAAGAUACUUCCUCAUAUGAUUCCCUUUCAAAAUUUAAUUGGGAAGGUAUUGUAAAGNUAAUCAUGUGUUGUAUUCACAAAAACAACAUUUUUUCUUGGUAG